AUGCAGCAUCACCUACGCCGAUGCGGCGGCGGCGCCCUCGCGGCCCUACGACGGCUCCGCCACAACGCUUCCUCUGCCGCAGCGUCGCCUCCUGCGGCCUGGAUUCGCCCCUGCCCUCCUCCACGACUCUACUCCACCGCCGAGAUGAGCCAGCAGUUGCCUGCGAACCUAGUGGGGAUCAUGGAGCAGAGAAUGAAGUUGAUCGAGCAGAGGAGCGCGUACCUCCAGGAACAAAUCAACCAGCCAGCCGCCUCGCCCGAAGAGUACUCGAGGGCUAACAAGGAGUUCCGCAAGCUGGAGAGCACCAUGGAGUUGAUCAAGGAGCUGAGGUCGAAACAGGAGGAAAUUGAGGGUCUUAAAUCUUUGGUGACAAAUGCUCGUGAAGAGAAAGACAUGCGUGAGAUGGCAGCAGAGGAGCUUCUUGAGGCUGUUGAGGAGGAGAAACGGCUGCAGAAUGAGCUGUUUAUGUCAUUGCUUCCAAAAGAUGAAGCAGAUGAAAGGGAUUGUAUAUUGGAGGUGCGGGCAGGAACUGGAGGAGAAGAGGCAUCUUUGUUUGCAAUGGAUAUAUUUAGAAUGUACGAGAAAUAUGCCCAGAAGAAUGGGUGGAAAUUUGAUGUCAUUGACAUAAUGGAGUCUGCUGUGAAAGGAUACAAGGAAGCUAGUGGAACUAUAUCAGGUCCUGGGGCGUUUGGCAAACUAAAGUUUGAGAGUGGCAUUCAUAGAGUUCAGCGUGUGCCAGUGACUGAGAAAUCUGGACGAGUGCACACUAGUGCUGUAUCAGUUGCUGUUCUUCCGCAAGCUGAUGAGGUUGAUGUCCAGCUGCGGAAUGAGGACCUGAGAAUUGAUACCUACAGAUCAGGUGGCUCUGGAGGUCAGUCUGUUAAUACAACCGAUAGUGCUGUUAGGAUAACUCAUAUUCCAACCGGAACAGUGGUUGCAAUCCAAGAUGAGAGAUCACAGCACAUGAACAAGGCCAAAGCUCUGAAAGUUCUCCGAGCGCGACUGUAUGAGUUGGAGAGGCAUAGACUCCAUAUGGACCGAUCAAAGCUUCGAUCAGAACAGAUUGGAAGUGGUGACAGGUCUGAGCGAAUCAGAACAUACAACUUUCCACAGGGCCGUGUCACCGAUCAUCGUGUUGGAAUCACACACCACUCCAUAGCAGAUGUCAUGGAGGGGGAGAGCCUGGACGUAUUCGUUGAUGCACUAGUGCUUCAAGAAGAGAUGGACGCCAUUGCUUCAUUUGGCGCAUAA